GAGUGGUUUGCAAGACCAAUGCUGGGGCCGUCGUCACUACGAAAAAGUCUUCAUUCGGUCGACUUGUGGUAUUCAACUAUUGUGACUUGUGGGAGAUUCGCGAACGAUUUCUGAGCUCCAACUGUAAUGGUGAUGCCCUGGUGAAGGGCAGCGAGUAGCGGGAUCAGCUGCUUGUGGCUAGUUUGCUGGACGCACCACACUCCACAGCGAAGGAGACAGUCGCACUGGCUGGAGCGCAGUUAGUUUUGAGUCAUGUCUGACGUUUGGAGGCCAACAACCCAAGCCAAGCUUGGUGUUGCUAUUUACAACUAUGAUCCGGUGGGCAAGGGACCAGAGUUCUUGAAAUUGGACUUGGGCGAUCAAGUGCAGAUCCAGGAGCAAUGCGCUGGCUGGUAUCGAGGGUUUGCUCUGAAGACGCGUCAGAAGGGAAUCUUCCCGGCAUCUUUCAUUCAUCUGAAGGAAGCCACGGUGAAGAAUCCUGGGCCGAAUGAGGUCGUCGAAGGAACAGAAGACCUGCUAGCCCAGGAGCUCACUCAGCUCUUGCCAGAAUGGGGAGAGCUGUGGCAAAAGCGCUACUUCAUGGAGGAUCGCUAUGGAAUGUUUGUUACAAUCCGAAAGGUCAUUACCGAGCUGAUCGACAUUCGCAAGCAAGUGCUUGCAUCCACCUUGCCACUGGAUGACAUGAAGAAGCUGAAGUUGAAAGCGUCGGGCAAGAUUGAUUGGGGCAACAAGCACAUGGGUCUUGAUCUCGUACCUCGCAAUGAGGAUGGCCAAUCAGUGGAUGAGGCAGAUGUGUCUAUUGUUGCUUUACAUAAGAUGCAUCUUCGGAGCACGCAGCGGCAAAUUGAUACCAGCGAGCGUGGUACGGUUAUCAGACGUGGAAAGUUCUCGCAGAAUCGUUUAUCAGAGCUGCUACACCAUGUUCACUUCUGCAUGCAAGCGUUCAUAUGCAACGUGGGCGAGGAGUCGGAAAUGCAGGUGGCCCUCUAUGAUAAUCAGGAAGGCCGGUAUUUUAGUGAGCGUUUUGUGGAAAAAAUUAAUCGUCACGGGAUGCCCACAAAUCUCAACCAUUUGAAUAACAUCUGUUGUUUGUUUACGGAUCUUGGAAAUAGCGACCUGAAGCGCGAAGAAGCGUAUUUGGUGUGCAAGAUUAUUCGUAUUGGUCGUAUGAUACCUACUGUACAUGUCAAAGAUCCCAAGGAAUAUCGCCGGCCGUACGGCUGUGCAGUUUUGAAUAUUGCUCAACUUCUCAAAUCGUCACGUGACACUGCGGAGGACACGAAAGAAUGCCAGCUGGACAUCUAUGGAUUUGAAAAUGAAGGUGACUUUGCUGAGCUACACACGCACAUCAUCAAGAAGAACAACAGCAAGAUCAAGCCGUUGCAGACGGAUCGCAUGUCGGCAAAGAUCCAUGUUUCCGUCAGGCUCCUUCACGGCUCGAUGGCUCAGGUCAAAGAGGAGAACCCGCUGUUGUUCCGCUCGUCCGACGUGCCCGUGGCCAGGAAGCUGGGCUUUCCGGACGUCAUCAUGCCUGGUGACCAUCGUAAUGACCUCUACAUCACACUGGUGUCUGGUGAUUUCCAACGCGACGGCAAGAAGGCCCACAAGAACGUCGAGGUGGAGGUGUGCGUGGUGUCGGAGAAUGGACGCGUCCUCGAUAAUGCCAUUGUGUCUGGCGUGUCGUCGGAGAAGAUGACCCUGUACAGAGGCGUUGUUCUCUACCAUCUCAACACGCCAGUCUGGGAGGACGUCAUCAAGUUUGACAUUCCGUUUGACCAGUUCUACACGUCCCAUCUGCGCUUCACCUUCUAUCACCGUCCCAAAGACCCGUCCAAAUCUCUCAAGCACGGCUUCAGUUUGGCCUACGUCCCACUGAUGCAAGAGGAUGGCACAACACUGCGUGACAGUACACACAAGUUGUUCAUGUACAAGUGCGAAGGCUCGGUGCACAAGAACCUGGACCCUAACAUCUACAUCAAGCUUCCCUGGCAGCAGUCGGAGUUCCUUCCCCCUCUGCCCAUCAAAGGCUCCAUCUCCUACACCGGCAGGGAGUCGUUUGAGAUCCGCACACUGGUCUGCUCUACCAAGCUCACUCAGAAUGUCGAUCUUCUUGGUCUGUUGAAGUGGCGCCAGCAGCCUGACCGCCUGGAGGAGAACCUGAAAGGUCUGAUGCGUGUCAGCGGUGAAGAAAUUGUCAAGUUUCUCCGGGACACGUUUGAUGCGCUGUUUGCGAUUCUCGACGAGGAUGCUGACCGAAGUGGCAAGCUGGUCUUCCAGUGUCUGGUGUUCAUCAUUCGUCUGCUUGGAGAUCGCAAGUUUGAGCAUUUCCGCUCUGUCCUGGAUGCGUACAUUCAGACUCACUUCAGUGGCGCCAUGGCACACAAGAAGCUGAUUGAGCAGCUCAAGUGCUGCUUGGAAGAGGCCCGAGUCCAGACGUCCACCGAGCACAACAAUGUCCGUGUUAUGCAGGCUCUGCAGUACAUCUUCAAGUUCAUCAUCAAGUCCAGGCUGCUGUUUGCCAGGGCGACACGAGGCAAAGGUGCACAGCCGUUCAAGGAGUCCUUGUGCGAGCUCUUCGAUUCAUUCAACCAUCUGAUGGAAGUGAAGGAUGAGAGCCUUCUUGCCAUCCAGGCUGCCGGCUUGCAGCACUUCUCUGCCAUCAUCCAAGAGGUGCUGAAGAUCAUGGAGCCCGAUGAGUUUGCUGUCAUCAUAAAGCAGUUCAUUGACUCUGUGCCGAAGAAUCGUCUGGUCCGUUUCAAGCUGCUCUGCCUUGGCCACAUUGUCAACAAUGACAUCUUCAGACACGAAGAGUGUCGUCACAUCCUCAUGCCAAUGCUGGGACUGCAGCUGGCGUCGCACGUCAAGGGCCAGAGCGAGGAUCAGCUGCCCAAGUGCUUCGAGAUUCUUGGUGAGGUGCUGAUUCUGCUGCAGCGUCGCGAUGUGGGAAAGACCUUUGAGAACAUCACUGAGAUUGUCAAUCUUCUGCUGAUUGCCGUGUUGAACCGUGUCACCACCAUUGAGAAAACAUCCACACUGUGGGGUCAUGUUGUUGCCUGCUUUGUUGCCAUUCUCAGCCUGAUGUCAGAGAAGCAUUUCCACAGCUUCCUGAGAAACUUUCCCAGCAAGGAUGGCCUGGUGGAGUUUCUUCGCGGCUGCUUUGAAGCGUUUUAUGCGCUGGUAACGACUGGGUCUUUCCCGUCCGACUGGAGUGCCAUGAUCAGUGUGUUGAACAACACCAUCACGAUUUCGAUGAAGUUCUUCUCUGAGUCGCUGCAAACCCAGUUCCAGCGGGGGCAGAACUUCAAUGAGUCGCUGUGGAAAUUGUAUUUCGACGUCUGCAUAGCGUUUGUGACCCAAGGAGCACUGCAGCUGGAGACCUUCACCGCAUCCAAGCGCAACAAGCAGAUGGCAGUCUACGGUGACUUGCGUCUGCACAUCAGUCAACGUGUGCUGUCCAUGUGGAACAGUUUGGCAACUGAACAGAAGCAGCUGUUCCUGCCAUGGAUCGUCGGUCCCUUCAUGGACAUGUCACUGAUCCGCGAGCAUGAGAUUCGCUGUGGAACUAUUCCCGUCUUCUACGACUUGAUGGUGUGUGAGUUUGUGCAGACCGGAGACUAUCGGCAGGUCUCAGCAGAGUGCAUUGACAAGCUGGAUGUGCAUGUCAGUGGUGCUGGCAAAGGAGACGAUGCAUACAUGGACUUGCUCUACCCUAUUUUGAGCGGGCUUUGUAACAAGAACCGUGAGCUGAUGCAAGCCGGCGCUCUUGAGUUUGUCGAGAACCUAACCCAGCUGCUUGGCCGACUGCUGGACUUCAGGAACCUUCAAGAUGGUGAUGAGUACAGCAUCUCCAGGAUGCAGACCAUCUUCAACUUGCUGCAAUACUACCAAGAAACGGAGCGUGAGGAGAUGGUCAUCCGCUACAUCUACAAGCUGUCGUCGCUGCACUUGCAGGCACAGAACUACAGCGAGGCCGCCUUCUCCCUGCUACUGCACACCAGCAUUCUGAAGUGGGAAGACUUGCCUGUGUCCGCUCAUGGAGAGUUCCCAUCGUACGCCAAGGCACGCAGCGAGUAUGAACUGAAGGAGCUCAUCUUCAAAGACAUCAUUGAGUACUUUGACAAGGGCAAGCUGUGGGAGUGUGCCAUUCCACUGUGUAAAGAGCUAGCACUGCAAUGCGAGAUGAUCACGUUUGACUACGAGCAGCUAAGCGGAAUCCAUAAAACCAUCUCCAAGCUGUACCAUGACAUCAUGCACUCGGUGCGCGGCAAGGCGGAGUACUACAGAGUCGGAUUCUACGGCACUCUCUUUCCGCCGUUCUUGCGGAACAAGCAGUUCAUCUUCCGCGGCAAAGACUUUGAGCGUCUGGGAGAGUUCAACCAGAUGUUGCUGAGCCACUUCCCAAAAGCGCAGCUGAUCACGUUCAACACACCACCUGGCGAGGAAUACAAUACCAUCGAAGGAAUGCACAUGCAAGUGUCCAAGGUGGAGCCCAUUGCUGAUGACGUGGACAAGUUUGCUGGCAUGAGCGUGGCCAGCUCCAUCAUUGACUACUAUGCUGCCAACAACAUCAGUCACUUCGUCUUGAACCGACCCGUGCGCCGCGGCCCCAAGUCAGCCGGAGAGUUUGCGACAAUGUGGGUGGAGAGGACCGUGUACAUGACGGCAUCUCGCCUGCCUGGCAUGCUGCGCUGGUGCGAGGUUGUCGACGAGAAGCGACUUGAGAUCUCUCCUAUUGAGAAUGCCUUGGAGACGAUGGUCAGCAAGAACAAGGAGCUGCGUGCACUGUCACUGCGUGCUCAGAAGAACCCGGCACAGCUCAACCCACUCAGCAUGGCUCUGAAUGGCGUCCUGGAUGCCGCUGUCCAGGGUGGCCUGGCCAACUAUGAAAACCUGUUCUUCACGGAGGAGUAUGCCCGCGAGCAUCCGGAGCACAUUCUGAUCAUUGACGAGAUCAAGGACUUGAUCAAGGAACAGGUCAUUAUCCUGGGUGAAGGUCUGGAUGUGCAUCAGAAGCUGGCUCCCGAAGCGCUCUCCCAGUUCCACAAGCGCAUGGAGGAGUGCUACGAGCAGAUGCGCUCCAAGUACUUGCCGCAGGCCGAACGUCGUGGUCAACCAACCAGUGCAUCUUCAUCAAGUGGCUCCAGAACACCGGAAAGGUCACGUGCUACAAUGUCGAUUGCAGGUACUCCAACAUCGCAAUCUAUCACCUCUGGAUCUCCAUCAUCACGUCGGUCAAUGUUCUAUGUGAAUGCUCCGGCGGCCACCACGUCACCGACAUCUUCACUGACUCCGUCCAUCUCCAGCCAAAUCAGCCGGGGCCGUAUGAGCUCAGCCUCGCUGCACAGCACCGAUUCGGACAAAGGCCUGCGCGCCAGUGGGCUGUCACGCCUCGGCAAGAGCCCGUCCGGUGGUUUCAAGAAGACGCAGUCGAUGUACACGCCUGACCGGGUGCAAUCUGCCAACACUCCCUCGCCGUCAUCCGUCGACCGUGCACUGCCGCCCCCGCCAACGGGUGCCGGCCUCGGCGUGCGCGCCGACAGAGGCACGUCAAUAAUCUCACCGGGCAUUGGCGCUCGUGACAGAGCACCGCCCGACCCAUCCAAUGUCUCUCCGUACAGCCACCCUCCAGCCACAGCCAGUGCCGGUGGUGUCCUGAGCCCUAACGGCACGUACACUCCCCUUCCCGCAUACACACCCGGUGGUAGUGCUGCUGCUGGUGCUCGCGAUGGCUUCGGCCGUCAGGCAUCCAUUGGUUCCGUGGGCAGUCUGGACUCGCCAAUGGCAGCCGGUCAGCCACCAUCACUUGGCCUGAGAAAGGCAUCUGGAGAUCACCAGACCCCCAGGUCAGUGCAGGCCGUGGCCAUGCCCGGCACCUCCCUGGACAGGGAUGGCUACACAUUCCUUGACUAUGGCGAUGGCCCGGUGACUGAGGAUGAUAUCAAUGUGCCAGCACCACCCACACGUCGGGACAGCAAUAGAGGCUCAGCGCCGACUGUGCCUGCUAAGAAGCGCUCCGGCAGCCGUAUCCAUGCUCAGCCGGAGACGUCUUCAUCUCCACAUGUCACCUCUAGCUACAAGCGAUCUGAUUUGUAGUGUGGAGCCAGCCGCCUUUGAGCCAGCCUCUGCGGCAUCAGCCUGUGACCCACCGUUGCACUCUACUCUAGUGUAGUGUCAAGGUGAUAGCUUAAAAAAAAUCGUGGCCAGCUUCACUGUGUUCAUGCUUUCCUUGCCGCGACGCGUGUGUUUUCCUUUGUCCGAUGCUGCAGCCUUGCCGCUUCUUGCUCUCUUCCUACAUUCUAUUGCGCUUGCCAGACUGUUCCAUGAUUUUUGAUGCAUUUGCUCCGAGUGGUUUAGUCUACCAAUUUUGGAGCAGUCAUGUCACGUAGUAACAAGGACAUGAUUUGUGACAAUGUUGUUUUCGUUGUCCAUGUAUGUCUUGGAACUUGGAUGCUCUUGUUCUCUUUGGAUUCUUCUUUUCAACAAUGCAUAAUCUUCAAAUGGCAAUGCAUUGUUUCAUUCUUUGCUAAUUUUGGAACAUGUAUGCACUUUUGCCUUUUUAAUUUCCCCAUGUUCUUUCACUUUUCACAAGAAUUUUGCACGCUCUAAUUUUUUUGUUUUUUUCGUUUUUCAUGUACGUCUUGGAACUUGGAUGCUCUCUUUUUCUUUGGAUUGUUCUUUUCAACAAUGCAUAGUUCUCAAAUGGCAACUGAUGCAUUGUUUCGUUCUUUGCUGAUUUUGGAACAUGUAUGCACUUUGCAAAUUUCCGACUCUUUUCAUGUGAAUUUUGGAAGCUGGGCACACCCCUAAAAUGUUUUAUUCUGAAUGCUGCUUUGUUUUCUUUGGAUUUUGUAAUUUGCAAUGCUUGCCAUACAUUGUCAUGGUUUUCUAUCUUCUGUUUUGUUUUGCUUCCAUGAGUUCUGCCGCAGUUUGGCAAAACGGCCUCCUUUUGCUUUUCUUAACUUCAAGUGCAAGUGCAUUUUUGUACAUGUAUGUGUGUUGCUCAUUUUUGCUUUUAUGUUUACUGUGUGUUUUUCUCGACGUUAUCAAAACGAAAAUCUUUUGUUUAUGAAUGUUGCAUUGUUUUCUUUGGAUUUUGUAAUUUGCAAUGCUUGCCAUACCUUGUCAUGGUUUUCUCUCUUCUGUUUUUUUUUGCUUCCAUGAAUUCUGCCGCAGUUUGGCAAAACGGCCUCCUUUUCUAAACUUCAAGUGCAUAAUUGGACAUGUAUGUGUUGCUCAUCUUUGCUUUUAUGUUUACUGCGUGUUUUUCUCGACGUUAUCAAAACAAAAAUCUUUUGUUCUCACAUGGAUCUUGCAAAGGCGAUAAAGGCUUCCUUUAGCUUCA